AUGUCGAUGCUCCCGCAGGCCGCGGCUUCGUUGAAGGAGGGGCAGUGGGAUCGGAAGACAUUCAUGGGGCAGGAGCUGCACGGGAAGACGCUGGCCGUGGUGGGGCUGGGGAGGGUCGGGAGGGAGGUGGCUGUGAGGAUGCAGGCGUUCGGGAUGAAGACGGUCGGGUACGAUCCGGUGAUUCCGAGGGAGGCGGCGGCGGAGUUCGGCGUGGAGAGUCUGGCGCUGGGGGAGAUGUGGCCGAGGGCGGAUUUCAUCACGGUGCAUACGCCGUUGCUUCCUCAGACGAGGAGAUCUGUUGUGAGUCUUUGGGAAACCGCGGGGGGCGGGAAGGACGGAGCGACGCGUCGUAUUACUUUUUGGCCCGCGUGGAACUCGCAAAUUUGGCUUUCCCGAUUCUGCGGGCGGAAUGGUCGUCUCUGCAGUCUCGUGGUUCGGUCGCUUCACCUGAUCAACGACGAGGUGCUGUCGCAGUGCAAGCGAGGCGUGAAGGUGGUGAACGUGGCCCGCGGCGGGAUCGUGGACGAGGCGGCCCUGCUGAGGGCCCUCGAGGACGGGCGAUGCGGGGGGGCCGCGCUGGACGUGUUCGAGGAGGAGCCGCCGAGGGACCCGGAGACGUGGAGGCUCGUGAGGCAUCCGAAGGUCGUGGCCACGCCGCAUCUGGGCGCGAACACGCACGAGGCGCAGCAGCGCGUGGCCGUCGAGAUCGCGGAGCAGUUCGUCGAUAUGAUACAUGAGAAGCCGUUGGUGGGAGUGGUGAAUGCACCGAGUUUGAGUCUCGCGAAGACCAACGAGAUGAAGCCUUGGGUGGGGCUGGGUCAGGCCUUGGGCGCCAUUGCAGGGGCCUUGAACCCCAAGGGGGCUACACCGGCUCUUCAUGUCGAUGUCAUUCUUUAUGGACCGGGACUGAACCAGAAGAUGUUCGUUGCAACCACGGCCAUCCUUGUGGGGCUGAUGAAGGGAAGCAUCGAGAAUGGGAUCAACUUGGUGAAUGCACCGAUCUUGGCCGAAGAGGCAGGCAUCACAGUCAGGGAGGAGCACGUGCCCAUUUGCACUUCUGAUGUGCUGGCCUCUGGUACGUCCGCGCUCAAACUCGUCCUGAAGAAUGGAAGCACUGAGCACAGUCUCACCGGAUCGUUGCAAGGAGACAUUCCUUUGCUUUAUGAGAUCGAUGGGGCCCGCUUCAAUACAGGUGUGAUAUUGAGUGGCCAGGUGCUGUUCUUCACAGGGAAUCAUACAAGCCUUCCACAGAUUAUCAGCAAGAUCAUGGGUUCUGAAGGCAAGGUUGAGUCAGCACUAAUGUCGAGCGAAGACAAGGCAAAGCAGACCUGGUUUGCCAUUCGCACAUCCAACUGCAUCGAGGGAAAGAUUGAUGUGGGGACACUUGCAAGAGUGGUUGCCCAAUUUCUCGUUCUUGUUACAAUGAAAGAGACAGGAAGACAUGGGAUGGAUCUGAAGGCAGUGCAUAAGGGAAGACUGUUCUAUGAUCACCUUGACUAUCACAGGCGGUCAUAUGUUGACUCAGCUCGGCAUCCACCCAGGACAAACACAACUCCAUCCUGCAAAAGAAUUACAGCCAAAAUAUUCCAUGAAAGCAUGGAGAAUCACCUUUCAAUAUUUCACUGGCCUGGUUCUCACCUUCAUGAGACCGGGGAAAUCCAUCCAGAAAUUCCUGUUGGGUAUCAUUUCCCACCCCUCAGCUCCACGUACAACACGGAGGAUGAUCAUGCCAAUGAUCAGGGAAACUACAAGGUUAAAUUUCUUGAAACUCAGGUGUUUGCCUUGCAGGCACCAAAUGCUCUUCUAAAAUGGAAGACAGAAUCAGCCGGGAUGUCGUCUCACUCGGCUCAACUCCCCAGCCCCAUUCUCGCUUCAUCACCUGAAACUGUGAAGAGAGACUUUGGCCCUGUACACCAUACUCCAAUGUCCUUGAAUCGUUCAAAGCAGUUGGCCACCCCCUUCCCAGCAUCAAUAGACAGUAGAACAGUUGCUUUUUCCUCCUUAAGAACUGCACCCAAUUUCACUAGACCUGCGUCUUCCUUCAAUUCUUCACUAAGAAUGAGUGAUGCAUCUACAUCAGCCUCAACUGCAAAUUUUAAUAAUUCCUUUUGUGGAAAUGUGGAACGGAGGAAAUCUACCAAGUGCGUUAUCACCACCCCAGACAAGAGAUUUGUGUCUAGCUUUCUCCUUGGGCAAUCGACACAACACAAGGAGAAUAUGCCUAUCACUGAACAUCUUCAGGCUUCUGUGAAUAGAAAUAGGAUUUUGGAAAGAAGGAAUUCUACUGAGAGUGCUAGUAGCAAAAUUCCUUCACCAGCUGUCACUGUAAGCCAGCGACCUUCAGCACUACAGAGGAAUCACUUUCCGGACAGGAAUACACUUCGCCCAGACUUGGAUAAGCGAAAUUUGGAGCAUGUUACUACAACCAGACCCCUCCCUGUGGUGAGCUUAAGGCGACCUCCUCUGCAACAUCUACGGCCUGACAGCAAUCAAUUCUCAACACUCAACUCUUCACUCAGGCGGCAAUUCCAGACAAAUCCAUUGCAAUAUGGAGCUCUCAGUCAAACAAGAUCACUCUCACCUGGAAAUACCAUCAACAAACCAGAAACUGAAGACCAGUCUGGCAGCAUGCAGGACCUUCUGAAUUUUCUGAAAGCGCAGAGCCGAAAGAGAGCUCGGGCAACUGAGGACAAUGAGGACUCCAAAAAGCGAGUUCGACGGGAUAGUUCAUCUAGUUGUGAUUCCGAUGGUGCACCUGCAACUGCCCCACCUAUGUCAAUGCCAGCUUCAUUUCCAAUCAGGACUGAUGUACCACCACCUCAAAUUCAAGUGCCAACUUCAACACCUCUUGUAACAGACCGAAAAAGAUCCUCUGAGGCAAUUACAGAAGCCUCAUCCCCCAUCAAAACAGCCACGCCCAAGCGAAGGCGUAUUGAUGUUAUUGAGGGCUCCUUGAGUUCCAGCCAGCGGGAGACCCAGAAACGUCCAGCUGGGUCAGCAGCAAUGACUCAGCGACAAAAAUUAGCUCGUGGAGGUGCGUCAGAAACUCCAGCAACAGGAAAGUGGCAGUUGGAGGAAUUCCCUGAAGGAACUCCACAGCUCUCUGUUGAGAAGGAAAAAACUUCCUCUGCUGAAACUAAAAUGAAGGAGGAAGUGCAAACUCACUUUGGGCAGUCAGAAAAAGGAACACAGGGCAAGGGAAAAUCAGGCACUGUGUUGGAUGUAGGAACCCCGAAAGAUGUAACUGCAGCAAAGAAGAUAGAUGAUCAGGAGAAAGAGGGAUCCACUUCCAAGAAAGUGACACGAUUAAGAAAACCAGGAGAGGAGUAUCAAAGUCCCCUUCGUCUCCUUCCAUUGAUUCUUCCUUCUCUUGAGGACGUGGAGAUGGAUAAAGGGAAGGAAAAAAAUCGUCUUAGCCGAAUGCUUCGAGCAUUUCAAGAUGAUGCUGAAUCUGAAGCUCCAGUCACUGUUCAGUCCACAAUAGCCCCAAGUAGUGCUCCUUCUGCCAUCACUUCCACCAUUACCUCUAAAUCUCUCACAACUCCUAUACCCAGUGCACCUUCUGCUUCUGUAACUACCAUUUCUUCAGUAGUCGAGCCAAUUAUUUCAACCAGUGAAGCUACAACUAGUGCCAAGACAGCUGUAGAACCAGUGAAGACAACUGCAUCCCAGGAUCAGAGCUGUGCAAGCCUUCUUACAACCACAACCACUACCACCAGUGGACAUAGCCCAAUUAUGAGCCCACUCGCCCCAGAGUCUGCUGUCACCUCCACCGCUGCUUCUGCCUCUGCUCACACUGUGGCACCAUUCUCCUUUGGUGUCGCUCCUGUUUCUUCAGCUGCUACAGGAACAGUUACAUCAAUAUCUGGCCCCAUUGCUACCACAUCCAUCACAGCACCAACCCCAGCAGCAGGGUUGUUUUCAUUUGGAGCUCCGAAGACCACAGUGAAAGAAGUUUCCAGUAUGCCAGAGACAACAUUGAUAAAAUCCUCACCAUUGGUAGCAGCUGUGAGUACUCCCAGCACUUCUGCAUUCACAAAUGUCCCAUCCACUAACACAUUCCAGUUGAGUGGGACAUCAGUGCCCAAAUCUACAGCAGUACCAUCAAUGAGUUUAGCUCCUGUAUCAACCAUGGUUUCCACCACCACCAUGUCAUUGCCAUUCUCAUUUGGUGCACCCUUGUCAUCAGGCAGUGGUGGCUUUUCCUUUGGUCAAGAUGCCUAUCCUGCAAAAUCUGCAACUGCUUCUCCUACCACUACUAAAUUUCCUUCUGCACCUGAUUCUAUGAAUGGAUCACUAUCCACAGCACCUUCUGGAGGUUUCACCUUUGGAAUGGCAAAAUCUUCCGGAGGGAGUGCUGCUUCCACUAUCUCAAGUGGUUUUACCUUCCCAGCCAAUACAGGACCAACAACACCUUCAUCUAAAGCCUCUCAAUCUCAGUCACCUCCAACCACAUCAUCCACUGGCUUUCCCACACCCUCAGCCACUCCUGUCUUCCAGUUUGGAGCUACAAAGACAACAGCAGCUCCAGUGUCUGGAGUGGCAACGGCAAUGGUAGCACCUGCUUCAAAGAAUACUACAACAGGAGCUUCUGUUUUUGGUACCCAGAGUGCAUCUGCAACAUCAUCCACCUUUGGAUCUUCAGCACCUUCAGCUGGUUUCACAUUUAAUGCUGGGAAAUCAUCAGCUCCAGCAUAUGGCACAUCUGAAUCUCAGAAGCCAAUUUUCAGCUUCGGAAUGUCGAAGACACCUGCUACAACAGCAGCGAAUUUCACUUCUCCUCCAACUGUCACCACUGCAAGCAGUGCUCCUUUCUUUGCAUUUGGCUCAUCCCAGCCUGCACCCCAAAGUGUCUUCCAAUUUGGGGGGGCUCCAGCAGCAAAAACUGCAGUAGCAAUGACAACAGCAUCUCAGCCACAAGGGUCAAUCUUCACUUUUGGGCAGUCAGCAGCCAGUACAGCACCUUCAAGUAGUUUUACCUUCAACUCACCUGCUAACUCAAGUCAGGCACCUUCAUUUGGGUCUUCGGGGUCUGCUGGGUUCCAGUUUGGAGCCCAGCCAAGUGGGCAGUCAUUUGGAACAGCUACAGGUUCUCAAGCACCAGCUGCAUCAACUCAAGGAUUUUCAUUUGCUGCUACAUCACCCCAGGGAGGCUUUAACUUCAGUAGCCAACAGCAAGGAAGCACAGCUCAGCCAGGGGUUUUCCAGUUUGGUUCAACAAAUCAACAAGCACCUUCAUUCGCUUCUGCAACCUCACCUGGGCCAGGUUUCCAACAAGGGAUGGCAUCCCAAACAACAGGGUUCCAGUUCAAUCCCAAUGCUCAGCCUAAUUUCAACUUUGCUGGUGGAUCUCAACCACCACAGUUUGGAGCCCCUGGAAGCAAUCUCUUCACACUUGGAACUGCUUCAAACACAGAUCAGCGACCUAAGCGCCACGCCAUGCGCAGAUCCCGCAGAUAAUAGUUCCCCAUUAGGACACAUGAUAAUUUUAAAUUCCUUUUCUUCAUGUCUUUCUCCUCUUCCUCCUAAUUUCAAGAUGACUCAUCUCAUGUAGUUGUUUGUAUGUAGCCAUUGUGUUGUUUUUCCUUUGGAAGAAAUAAUGCCACAGAAUGUCUUUAAUAUGCAUGACAAACACAAUGCAUGGCCCUUCACUACUGGUAUGUUCACCUUUCAUAGCUCCUUUGUGGUGCUUGAGAGGCAGUGUAUCAGUCUGAACAAGUAUGUAAAAUCACCCAAAAAUGUUAUUUUUUCAUUUAGGAAACUGGAAUCUGGCAUCAAACCCCACAAGCACUGUGAUUUAUUCAGAAAAGCAGUAACUGUGAUAGUAUGUUUUGUUUUGCAUCAGCAUAUGAAGAAUUCCUCUUUGAAAUUGCAUGAAUUUUCAAACAGUCCUUGCUGUGUGAUGUUGAUACCAGGUACCAGGAUGUACAAUAUCAAUGGGUGAGUAUGACCAUGUGCAAAAGAAUGUAAGUGGUGUUUGAUUUCAGCUUUGAAUGCAAAGGAUUUCUCAUCUCUAGUAAUAUGCCACAGAAACAAAAUAUUUUCCUUCAGCAUUGUUUGCUUGGAUUCCAGUAUGGCGACCGAAUCAGAUGUCUGUCCUUGGUGAAUUUACUAAUGCCCAGAGAGUUCCUCUUGUGCUCUUGCAACUCUAGUGCAAUGUCGUUCUUACUCUGCAUCACAUUAUGUUCUUGUCUGCUGCUUUCUCGAGAUGCUAGCUGCAUCCCUAAUUUUUUUCAUAGUGCUGUUCACUGCUAAAUAACUGUUCCAUAUCCCUGGAAGUAGGUGAGGGUUCUCUAAACACGAUAGAGAAGAAAGAGCGUGAUUGCGGCAUAUAUUUUGCGUUGUGUGGGACUCGAGUGCAGUGUAUGUAUGAUACGACGGGCAAGUUUCAUUUCGUCUCUAGUUCUUCUCUCACUCUGAGGCUUUGAUGCUAGUGUGCAAGUGUGUAUUUUUGUGGAUGUGUUACAUGAUUGUCUUAUUGAGUUUGAGGUCUCUAAAGGCUUGGUAAAUUUUCCAAUUCUGGAUCUAAGAGAAUUUUUUUCUCGACUCGUUUCAAAGUAACUUCCAAAGUCGGUCGGGCUCGUCGCGGGAGAGACACGCGGAGACGUGUCGGUGCCACUGUGAUAACUUCAAACUCAAUAAAGUGAAUCUUCGUUGUCCGAAUUUCUUCUUCUUCGACUUCCGA